AUGGGCUCCUCCGUCCUCGCGCUCCUCCUGGCCGGAUGCGCGCUCGCGGCUGCAGCCACACGCCGGAGGUUUGGCUGUCUCUUUGAGGAUGAUCUAUGCGAGCCGUAUGAAGUUUGUGCCAACGAUGGUGUGUUCGGACACUGUCUGUUUCCUGGAACAGAUGUUUACACCUUCGAUGUUUCUCCAGCAGCCCUGCAGCGUCUGAGGAACGUUCUCCAAAAACUGGCCCAUCAAGGUUACACCUGGCAGGAUGACACCACCCAGCAGGUCAUCUCUAGAGAGCUGUUAGCGCUGCCUAAGAUUCCUCUACGGCGCCUCGGCAACACCUUCCCAGCUUUCAGCUCCAGGGCUCAGGCUGCUGACGGUGAGAACAGGAAGCUGAAGGGGGAUGAAGCUCUGCUGGGCAGGACGCUGGAGAGUUACCUGCAAGAGCUGGGCUUUCUGCCUGCUGAUGUCACUUCCUCCAAACAGAGCCUUCGGGGAAAGUAUAAAGGUAAUGGAAAGGCAAAAAUCAUGGAUUACUACGUGGAGCCUAAACAAAAGCCGCCUCCUCUGUCCUCCGUCUCUCUUCUGCAAACUCGGCCAAACUCCAAACAGCCCCCACCUGGCCCGGCAUCACUUUCCGCCCUUCUGUCCAGACUAGAGUCAGACCAGACCGGUCACCUCUCGGAGCUGCAGCAGUUCCGGUCUGGGUCGAAGCCAGAGCUUACGAGUCCAUCUCAGGGAAAGUUUCAGUACUUCAGUCUUCAGCGCACGCCGUCUCCUGAAGGAGGAAAACUUCCCGGAGCUUCCCGACAGCCACCCCCGCCCAGAAUAGACAAACUGCUGUUCAGGCCUGGAGCUAACCGUCCUGCUCCUAAAGACUCCCUCAGCUCAGUGGAUGAGAAGUUCAUCCAGGGUGUGGUGAAUCAGCUCGGGCAGCAGAGUGUGAACGUGGACACGUUGACCCCAGGUGACCUGGACCAGCUCUCAGAGGUUAUCGCUCAGGCCCUGCAGGUGGUGGACGGAGUCGGGGGGGUUAAAGGUCGAGAAGUCAUGGAUGAUGAAGAGCAAGAGAUGAAGAAGGAAGCUGAUGAUAAAGGACAGCGAGAGCGAACGGCUGGAGAGAGCAUCACUCCUAAAGAUGGACAGUCUGAAGGAGGUGGCCCAAAGUCAGAAGAAAAGGAUAAAGAUUUUAUCCGAGAGCUGCUGGAGUAUCUGGACCGGAGCUCAGGCCCUAAGGCUGCUGACCGUACCCAAGCUGAAGUGCCUUUUCUGGGCUUUACAAACUUCCCUGGAGACCUGGGGGGUUCGAAACCUGCCGGACUGGAGAACAUCCAGAGCCGGACCACCCAGACCAAGCUGGACCUGAUGAAGAAGAAGAUGGAGCCGGACACUCUGGAUCUGGAUCAUCUGGGCGAUGCUGAGGUGGACCAGUGGCUCUAUGGUGCUAAAGGCUCCUCCAGAGAAGAACCGCAGAAGAAGAACAUGGCGGGGGAAGAGGAGGUGGAGAAGAAGAAAGGUGCACACGUGGAGGAGAAGUUUAGGGUGGACGUGGCGGCGUACUCCAGCCCCCAGCAUGACGGCUACUUUGGAUACAUCAUCACUGAAGACUCUCUCUCCACAGAUCAGGGUUUGAAUCUGAUGGAGAUUUUGGCCGAGAGAGUGAAGCUGCACAUCACUGACUUCCUGCAGCUGUCUGUUUUAGGUCCUGCUGUGACGUUCAGAGUGAGGCCCAAUGCCCGAAACAUCACCACCGCACUGCUGGCCCGAGUGGCAGUGGAGCAGAAGGGCCAGUUGGAGAAGCAGAGCGGGGUGAAGAUUCUGGAGGCUGGCCUGAGUGAUAGGACCAAGCUGAAUCAGAUUCCCAUCAUCAGGCACAGCCAUGUGGAGCCCAGCAACUUCCUUGUCCUGUCGAUGGUUUCCGUGGCGUUUAUCGCCGUGGUGCUGGGCUUGUCCGGCACGCUCUUCUGCAUGCGCCAUCACUCCCACUACAAGCUGAAGGAAAGGCUGGCCAGCCUGGGCACUGACACCAGCCACGAUGCCACGGCAGCCUAUCAGGAUCUGUGUAGGCAGCGGAUGGCCAUCCAGACGUCUGAGCGUGGGUCAGAGGUGUUUCACCCAACACACACCCACACAUCCCGCAUCAAUAGUGUGUCGUCUCAGUUCAGCGAUGGGGCGACUCAAAGCCCAUCAGCCCGCAGCAGCACGUCAUCCUGGAGUGAAGAACCACACAGUAACAUGGACAUCUCUACUGGACACAUGAUACUGUCAUAUAUGGAGGAUCACCUGCAGAACCGCGACCGUUUGGAAAAAGAGUGGGAGGCGCUGUGUGGAUAUCAGGCUGAACCGGCCGCCUGCUCUGUCAGCCAGGAAAAACAGAACGCCAAGAAGAACCGUCCCAACGGCGUGCUCGUCUAUGAUCACUCCAGAUUCACCUUAAAGGCUGAAAACAAUCACAGCAACUCAGACUACAUCAAUGCGAGCCUCAUCAUGGAUCAUGACCCUCGUAAUCCAGCCUAUAUCUCGGCUCAGGGUCCACUCCCCUCCACAGUGGCUGAUUUCUGGCAGAUGGUGUGGGAAAGUGGCUGUGUCGUGAUAGUCAUGCUAACUCCGCUAGCCGAAAACGGGACCAAACAGUGUCAUCAGUACUGGCCAGAUGAAGGUUCUGACCUGUACCACAUCUACGAGGUCAACCUGGUCUCAGAGCACAUUUGGUGUGAGGACUUCCUGGUCCGCAGUUUCUACCUGAAGAACGUCCAGACCAACGAGACUCGGACCGUAACGCAGUUCCACUUCCUGUCCUGGAUGGACCAGAGCGUUCCAGAGUCUGCGAGAACCCUCCUGGACUUCCGCAGAAAGGUUAACAAGUGUUACCGGGGCCGCUCUUGUCCAAUAAUUAUCCACUGCAGUGAUGGGUCAGGCAGGAGUGGGACGUACAUCCUGAUAGACAUGGUGCUCAAUAAAAUGGCUAAAGGUGCAAAGGAGAUUGAUAUCGCUGCAACACUGGAACACCUGAGGGAUCAGCGAGCGGGCAUGGUGAAUACCAAGGAGCAGUUUGAGUUCGCAUUGACUGCAGUGGCGGAGGAGGUGAAUGCCAUACUCAAAGCACUGCCUCAGUGAAGAAGCCUUUAUCCUCUCUCUCUCUCUCUCUCUUUGUGUAUCUCUCCCUCUAUCCUUUCUUCCUGUGAACCAGUGACCUAUUAUUAUCUUUGUUAUGAACAGAUAGAAAUUGUCCCACAACAGGAUUGUAGUGCUGGAGUUAGAAGUUAUGAAAAUAAUGUUGAACAUGCUUCCAUGACCCAGUGUACUGCAUACAAGUCUUCAUUUCAAAUAUGUAUAUAGACCAGUAUAUGAUUAUCAUUGUAUUACUUAAAAAUGACUAUUUAGAAUGAUGUUUAAUUUUGUAACAAAUAAUAUAAAGAUUGUAUCUGAUGAUGCGGCGUGGAUGGCAAUAUACUGUAUAUGAUAUCCAAUAGCUGUGCGUAUUGUAUCUGAAAUAUAUGUAGAGGUUGUAAACAGUCGGCUGUUGACCACAAAGUUUUCAAGAAGCAGGAAGAAGCUCAUAAGAGAUGAACCAGUUACUCCAGAGACAUAAUAGUUUAAUGCAUCCUAAGUCAAAUUCCAUGUUUAUAGAGGACAAACUUAUGGCAAUUUUCUGCACAUUGUCCAU